AUGGCGACGGCUAAAACACCCCAGUGGUUGGUGUUGAGUUGGCUGCCAAAUCCGUUGCAUUAUACCCCGCCGGUGUCCCCUUCCAGUUUUGUACUGAACCCCACCCACAGGGAGCCCGGGCUGCAGCAGGAGAGCGGAGGUGAGAACAUCGAGGAGAGAGAGAGAGGAGAGGACGGCCAACCCCUCCUCACGCUGCCGAGGGUAAAAUCACAGAAAGGUUUGGUCUAG